AUGAAUUCACCUGGCUCUUCUGUAUCGUCAUCAUCUGAGUCUUCUUCAUCACCAGAAUGCCUCACAAUUUCCUUUAGAAACUGUCAGGUUUGUGGACAGCCCGGUCACGGGAAGCAUUUUGGAGCAAUCACUUGCAGAGCAUGUGCCGCAUUUUUUCGACGCUGCGGCACCUCAAAUAAUUUCAAGCCGUGCCGAAGAGGGAAUAAUUGUGAAUUCUUGAAAAAUGGAUGGUUCAAUUGCAAAGCGUGCAGGCUGCAAAAGUGUUGGGAUGUUGGGAUGACAAGUGAUAACUUUCAAUAUGAUCGAGACUCCUUCAUCCCGAAAAAAGUCAGAACUGCACUUGAAGAUUUCCACAGCCGAGUACCGGAGUCCAUGGGAACUUUCGUCGGUCGAUCGAAUCUUAUAAUCUUCUGUGCUCCACAAUUUGACCCAGAAAAUAACAACCAAAAAACUUAUAUCGACGUACAGUAUCUGAUCGAUGAAGCUGGCGAGAUGUUAAGAAGAGGCUGUGAUAUUCCGAUUUGUGCUCCAACCAGUCUCGAGAAACUGGCUCUCGGGCUGCAAACCCUUCGUGGGUUCCACCCAAAGCAAAUGAAGGUUAUCACCAAACUGGGCAAGGAUGAGACAUGGCUCUAUGGCAACACGAUAUGCUAA